GUUGUGCUGCUGUCCCGGCCGCUCCACGCCCGCAGGCACAGUUCCGUCCCCAUGGUCUGUCGGGCUGAACAGGGGCCGGUGGGGCAGAGCAGGGCCGUGGGGCGCUGACACGGGGCGGAAGCCGGACCUGCCGCUGCCUGGACCCUUGUGCUCCUGGUAGAGGAACCCCGAUACUCUGAUGGAUCUGAGGCCCUGCUCGCUGCUCCUGCUCUGGACUCUGCUGGUUGCCCUUGUUCUCCUGGCCCAAGAGGUGUUGGCCCAGCGUAUUUACACCAACACCUGGGCUGUGCUCGUCCCUGCGGGGCCCCAGGAGGCUGACAGACUGGCCAGGAAGCAUGGAUUCCUCAACCUGGGCCCGAUUUUUGGCGACUACUACCACUUUCGGCACAGCGGCGUGGUGAAGCGCUCCCUCUUUCCCCACCAGCCCUGGCACAGCCGUUUGGCGCGGGAGCCGCAGGUGCACUGGCUGGAGCAGCAGGUGGCAAAGCGCAGGACCAAGCGAGACGUUUUCAUGGAGCCCACUGACCCCAAGUUCCCCCAGCAGUGGUACCUGUACAACACCAACCAGCGGGACCUGAAUGUGCGUCAGGCCUGGGAGCAGGGCUACACGGGCAAGGGCAUUGUGGUUUCCAUCCUGGAUGAUGGCAUCGAGAAGAACCACCCUGACUUGGAGGCCAACUAUGAUCCAGGGGCAAGCUUUGAUGUCAAUGACCAGGACCCAGACCCGCAGCCCCGUUACACUCAGAUGAAUGACAACAGGCACGGCACGCGCUGCGCUGGGGAGGUCGCUGCCGUGGCCAACAAUGGGAUCUGCGGUGUCGGCGUGGCUUACAAUGCACGGAUCGGAGGCGUGCGCAUGCUGGAUGGGGAGGUGACUGAUGCUGUGGAGGCCCAUUCCCUGGGCCUCAAUCCCAACCACAUCCACAUCUACAGUGCCAGCUGGGGCCCAGAGGAUGACGGCAAGACCGUGGAUGGCCCAGCCCGGCUGGCGGAGGAGGCUUUCUUCCGGGGAGUCAGCCAGGGCCGAGGGGGGCUGGGCUCCAUCUUCGUCUGGGCGUCUGGGAACGGGGGCCGCGAGCACGACAGCUGCAACUGUGACGGUUACACCAACAGCAUCUACACACUGUCCAUCAGCAGCACCACGCAGUACGGUAACGUGCCCUGGUACAGUGAGGCCUGCUCCUCCACCCUCGCCACCACCUACAGCAGUGGCAACCAGAACGAGAAGCAGAUUGUGACGACUGACCUGAGGCAGAAGUGCACCGAGUCACACACAGGGACGUCAGCCUCGGCACCCCUCGCUGCUGGCAUCAUCGCCCUUGCCCUGGAAGCAAACAAGAACCUGACGUGGCGGGACAUGCAGCACCUGGUGGUGCAGACCUCAAAGCCAGCACACCUCAACGCCAACGACUGGGUCACCAAUGGGGUUGGCCGCAAAGUCAGCCACUCCUACGGCUACGGGCUGCUGGAUGCUGGGGCCAUGGUGAGCCUGGCCAGGAACUGGACCACGGUGGGACCGCAGAGGAAAUGUGUCAUCGAUGUCCUCACAGAGCCCAAGGACAUCGGGAAGCGCCUGGAGGUACGGCGGAAAGUAGAUGCCUGCCUGGGGAAGGCCAACUAUAUCAGCCGGCUGGAGCACGCGCAGGCCAGGCUGACGCUGUCCUAUAACCGUCGGGGGGACCUCGCCAUCCACCUUGUCAGUCCCAUGGGCACCCGCUCCACCCUGCUGGCCUCCAGGCCCCAUGACUACUCGGCUGAUGGCUUCAACGACUGGGCCUUCAUGACAACUCACUCGUGGGAUGAGGACCCCUCCGGAGACUGGUUGCUGGAGAUCGAGAACACCAGUGACGCCAACAACUAUGGCACGCUGACCAAGUUCACGCUGGUGCUGUAUGGGACAGCCACCGACACCCCCAGCCUCUCCAACCAGCUGGAGAGCAGCGGCUGCAAGACCCUGACCCCCAGCCAGACAUGCGUGGUCUGUGAGGAGGGGUACUACCUGCACCAGAAGAGCUGCCUGAAGCGCUGCCCCCCUGGCUUUGCACCCGGUGUCCAGAGCACUCACUACAGCCUGGAGAACAGCGUGGAGCCCAUCGCGCCCCACCUCUGCCUGCCCUGCCACCCCUCCUGCGCCACCUGCGUGGGGCCUGGCCCCAACCAGUGCCUGACCUGCCCCGCACACUCACACUUCAGCAGCCUGGACCUCUCCUGCUCCCACCAGACGCAGAGCAGCCGCGCAUCCCCUGCCCUGGCAGAGGGCGAGGGGCUGGCCGAGGCCCCCCCUGCAGCCAACUUGCCCAUCCUCAUCGCCAGCCUCAGCUGCGUCUUCAUCGUCAUCAUCUUUGUCACUGUCUUCCUGGUGCUGCAGGCGCGCUCGGGCUUCAGCCUGCGGGGCGUGAAGGUCUACGCCCUGGACAGCGGGAUCAUCUCCUACAAGGGGCUGCCCUCUGACAUCUGGCAGGAGGAGGGCCCCUCCGAGUCGGACGGUGAGGAGUACGAGGCCCACAACGAGAGGACUGCCUUCAUCAGAGACCAAAGUGCCCUUUGAUGAGCCCUCCCGCCCCUCUCUCCUCCCUGCCCAGCGCCGCGGGGCAGGGGCAGGCGAGGCUGAGGGGCCCCGGACUCUGCCCCCGUCCCCCUCCGCGCCGUGGCGGCCUGGGGCUCCCCACCGCCAGCACCGUCCCUCAGCCCCUGCCUGGGCAGCCAGGCAUGGCCCUGCUGGCACCGUCCUCAGCUUGGUGCCGUCCCUGCCUUGCACCAUCUCUCACGGCCCCCUGUCCACCCUGCACCCCAGGCCCGGGGGUUGGGUGACAGCGGGACCCUGGCGCUCGCUGGCUCCGCGCUGGCAGCCACAUUCCUUGUCCCAGGCAGAUGGCUGCUGCUGGGGA